AUGACGAGCGUAACCAAGCUAUUUAAAACACUUAGAGAUGCUCCUAAUAAGGGAGUAAAAAGGCACAUAACAAAUGAAAUUGUUGCAAUGUACUGCAGCAUACCAGCUUUAUUAAAUACGCUUUUAGAGGAGAUUUUAUUUCUUUCUGAAAGCAGCAUGUGGGAGGACAGGCUUGCAGGCUCUCGCAUACUGGAAGAGCUCUUUGCAGUAGGGACGAUAUCCGACGCCUUUUCCAGCAAGGAGUACGUGCUAGGCGUAGACAUAGACAAGGUUCUGGAGGCGCCGAAGUUUCUGGCAAUGCACUACACCAAGAACGAAACAGUUAAGCCGGGAAAGGAUUUUAUUGAUCUGGAUGACCACAAUGUCGUUCUGAGCCUGAGUGACAUAAGCAUACCAGGAACAAAAGACGGAGAGGGCGGGCUGCUCAGAAGAAGAAGGCAGAUGCAGAAGGCGCAGAAGCUAGAGGAGAAGAAGGAGAUAGAGAAGACAGAGGACCUGUACACGAAUCUGCUCGCAAACAUGGAGUCGUACACAUGGGAACGAAGGCACGGCGCAGCUCUGCUGCUGGCAGGAAUGCUCCGGGGGAUCCAGAGAAGAGACGCUUCUGUUGUGCCAACUGCAUUUCUGAACUCCAAGACGUACCUAGAGCCAAUGCUAAGAGUUCUUAUCCUAGACAGGUUCAAUGACUAUGAAAUGGACAUAGCUGUGUCCCCCGUGCGAGAAACUGUCGGAAAAGGCCUGAAAGAGAUGCUGCCGUUCAUAACAAAGAAGACAGUAAAGGAUCUUCUCCUGCUGCUCUCAAAAAUGGGCACAUAUGAGGACUGGCAGAUAAAAUACAGCGGGCUUUUGGGCCUGCAGUAUGUGCAGGACAUUAUUCAUCCAGAGGAGCAUAAGGAGAUAGUCAUUGAGAUAGGAAAAAUAUGCCUGAACCUUCUAAAUGAUCUGGAUGAGGAUGUAAAGAGGAUCGCAGCAAGCAUUCUCACAGGCCUGAUGGAUAGAUACUGCGCAGUCUAUUCUUCUCUCACAGAGGAGGAGGUGCAGGAAAAGAUCGACGAGGUUCUUGAUGUAGGCGAGGUGGCAGAGAGGUGCUGGGAGGCCUUGGAAGAAGAGGAGGACCUUGCUAUAUCUAAAGCUAAAAUACUUGGGCUGCUGGAGAAGAUAUCGCACCAGCUAAAGUAUAGUCUGGAAGAAAUAACCAAGGAAAAGUGGGCCUCUGUGCUGGGCUUAAUUAGAAAUCCAAUUGACACAGUCCGGCCUGCUGUUAUUUCAAUGCUUCAGAUUCUGCCAGUUCUGGAUGCAGACAGAUUCGUUGCAUCUCUUCUCUUCAGCAUAAUUGCAGAGCAGGAGCCAGAGAUUCGGGAGAUAACUGCGCAGUUUUUCACGAGAAAAAUAGCAGAGCUAAAGAUGCCAAACCUAAAGGCAAUUGUGCAUGCUUUUUUGACUGUAGUGUGUGCUUCGCAUGUUGUUGGAACUGGGUCGCUUGCAGCGCUUAAAAUAAGCAUAGUCGUUGGAGAGGGUGAUAUAUGCGCAACAGACGAUGGGUGCAAGUCAAUGGGCGAGGAGGCAGUGCUCUCAGGGCGCGCAGCGCUGCUAAGGGUUUUAGUAGAAGCAGGGCCGCCUGUGACAGAGCACAUAAUCACCUUCUUUGCAGAGCAGGGGAAAUCUCUUCCAUACUUCACGUUCUUCAAAUCAAUUGCAGCUGUUCUCCUUGCAGGCAAUAAGCUGGCCAGCAGCGGGCUGCAGAGUGUGGUUAAAGAGAAACUGGUGGACAGCCUCCUAGAGGACUCGACCGGCAGAGAAAAGAACGAUCUGAGUCGUGUGGCGCACAGUCUUGCACGGCAUGUAUUUAGAGAGCCCUCAACAGAGGAUGCAGACAUUCUUGCAUAUAUUUACAAUGUUCCCACAGCAAACUCUCUGCUCCGCAUUCUUGCGCAGGCAAUUAAGACACAUCUUAGCCACUUUACAGAGUUCUUUAACAUAGUAGUCGAGUGCGUGUGCGCGCAGGAGGAGAGCAGACUUAUGAACAUGGUGAUCAAAGAGGUAAAUGACAGCAAAAAGAUUAAGCUCAUGGAGGAAGUCGAGGAGAAUGAGCCAGAGUGGGAGAUACUUACCCUCUUCAAGGAGGUAAACAACGAGUUUCUGGAGAGCAAAGUGUUUUUAGAGCUAAAGAAUAACUUAGGAAGGUGCGGUAUCUUCCUGCAGAACACAGUGGAGUGCUUUGACUCAAUUGAGCAAAUGCAGUUUAUUUUUGAGUAUGCCGUGGAGAACAAUAUGGACCGGAUUGUUAAAUAUCUGAUAACCAAGAGCAGGGAGAACAACGAAAAGUUUAUACUGAUCCUCAUGAAGAAGCUUGAGAAAAUAGUGGAUGACGCAAGCGCAGACCACACAGAGUUCUUGUCCUUCGUGGCCAGCACAGUUGGUAGCUCGGACCUGUCUCUUCUUAUAGUUAUUGUUUUCCCGCUGGUGGGCGCGAUGAACACGCACUUCAGAGUUGACGGGAUUCGAGAGCUUGCCUCUAAGGCCUUUGCAAUUGCCGCACCCUCUAUGUGGAUUCGCACACCUGUCCAGUGUCUUUCCUCAGAGCUGGAAGAUGAAAUGCACAAGGCGCAGAAAAGAGUCGACUCGCUGAUGAAGCAGGAUGACCUCUCUAAGGCCACCAUGAAUGUAAGCCUGCGAGAGUACCAGCAGAAGGGCGUGGAGUGGAUUGGAUUCCUACGAAAAAGCGGGCUGUCUGGCAUGCUGUGCGAUGACAUGGGGCUGGGUAAGACAAUACAGGUGCUUGCAUUCCUUGCGCUGCAUGAAAAGAACUGCGCUGAAAAGGGAGUGCUUGUCCUGUGCCCUUCUGCGCUGACAGGCCACUGGCACAUGGAAAUUGAGUCAAACUUUCCAACACUUUCUAGCGCUGGGAUUGACGAGUUCACUGGAAGCGGGGUUUGUGUAGCAUCCUUCGACAAGUUUAGAAUGAACUACACAAAGUUUGUGCAGCACAGCUGGUUCUAUCUUGUUCUGGAUGAGGGCCACAUAAUAAGAAACUCGAACACUCUUCUGCACCAGAGAGUGAAGAUGAUAAAGGCAGAAAGCAAGCUGCUUCUAAGCGGUACGCCCAUACAGAACACAGUUGGUGAGCUCUGGGCGCUCUUUGACAUUCUUAUGCCGGGAUUCCUUGGGCGAGAGAAGGACUUCUCAAAGGAGUACAUCAAGCCAAUUGAAAAGGCCCGGGAGGGAAAAGGCACACUGCAUGACGCAGAGAUUGCAAAGAUAAAGCUAGAGAAUCUGCACAAAUCGGUGCUUCCAUUUAUUCUCAGAAGAAUGAAGGAGGCUGUUUUGUCCGACCUUCCUCCAAAGGUGAUAUCCGAUAUCUACGUGGAGCUUGAAGAGGUGCAGAGAAAGGUGUACGACGAGAUAUCUGUGGAGGGAGAAUCAGGAGGCGAGUACGGAAAGACCACUGCCAAGUCAGGAAACUUCUCUCUUCUUUGCCGCCUGAUCAAAACAUGCUCGCACUUGUCGCUGCUUAGCGGAGAUGAGGUGCCGCAGAUCAUUACCGGAAAGGAGAAGAACACAGCGCCAUCUGGAAAGGUUCUUGCGCUUCUGGAUCUUCUUAAGGUCAUGGCCAACACCAGCAAGAUACUUAUAUUCUGCCAGUACAAGGUCACAAUUGACAGGCUUAUUAAAGAAGUGGGCGCUGCUUUCCCAGAAGUUAAGUGGCUGCGCCUGGAUGGCACUGUGAAGGGCGACGACCGGUCUUCUCUUGCAAAGAAGUUUAAUGCAGACCCAGAGAUAAGCAUUAUGUAUCUCACCACGCACGCAGGAGGACUUGGCUUGAAUCUAACAGGCGCAGACUCAGUGAUAUUCUUUGAGCACGAUUGGAACCCAAUGAUGGACCUGCAGGCAAUGGACCGUGCGCACAGAAUCGGGCAGAAGAAGUCAGUUAAUGUGUUCCGCCUGAUCUCUAAGAACACAAUUGAGGAAAGCAUUAUGUCCCUGCAGAGGUUCAAGAGCUAUAUUGCAAGCACUGUGGUUAACCAGCAGAACGUCGAAAUUGAAAGCAUGGACACAUCCAAUGCGCUUGAAAGGCUUACUCGAGAAAAGCUUCCAAAGGAGAAGACUUCGCGGGAGGAGGAAUACCACGAUUUUAUAUAA